CUUGGAAGUGGUCCAUUGAAAGGUUGAUAGCGCGACCUCCUGUACUGUAGAAUGUAGUAUGGACCAUAGGACAGGACGAAGAAGUCCCGUUAAGAAGCUGUGGAGGCCUAAGAUGCUCUACUAGUCUGCUGGAAAUCCAAAGAAGACGAAGGAGUAAAAAGCAAAAUGGCGUUUGACAGAGAAGGCCUAAACGUGGCCACUGGCCAUUAUUGUUUCUCUAUUUGUAUUUAGUGCAUACAUGUACGCAUAUAUGUCGUGUAGUAGAUGAAACAUUGUUAGUAAUUGUUUGUAUCCGGAUACAUUAGUCUGAGCGCACUUUAUCGCGUCUUGUGCUUGCUUAGCUUGCUAGUUAGCUUAGCUUGUUAGCUGCUAACAAAGAGACGCGGACGUUAUCAACACAUCGCUAAGUAGAGAUCAAAUGUGAGUGUAAAGUGUUGUGAUUGUGUGAAAAUGUGCGAAAGAACGAUAGCAAAGUAUGAGGAGGAACUUUGUCCAACAAAAGAGGAGAAGGAGCGACAACAUCAACUUCAGGACGCUGUUUUUAAGAAACAUCAAGUUGUGUUACACAGAACAGAUGUCCAGCAACCCCCUCACAUUAAAGAGGAAGAUCAGGAUUUACAUCCCCCCCACAUUAAAGAGGAAGAGGAGGAUCUACAGUUCCCCCACAUUAAAGAGGAAGUGUGGAUCACUCAGGAGGAAGAUUGUCUUCUAGGGCAGGAGGAGGAUGAUCUCACCAGGUUUCCACUGACUGUUGUCUUUGUGAAGACUGAAGAGCAUGAAGACAAACCACCUGAGUCCUCACAGCUUCAUCACAGUCCAAACGUCCAGCAGCUCCCCCACAUUAAAGAGGAAGAGGAGGAAGUGUGGAUCACUCAGGAGGGAGUGUGUCUUCUAGGGCAGGAGGAGGAUGAUCUGACCAAGUUUCCACUGACUGUUGUCUCUGUGAAGACUGAAGAGCAUGAAGACAAACCACCUGAGUCCUCACAGCUUCAUCACAGUCCAAACGUCUGUGAAGAACAACUUCUGCCUGAAAAACAGGAGUGUAGCUUCAGGAUGGUGAAGGAGGAUCCAUCAAAGAGGAAGAUGAAAUGCCACAGACCGUCUGGCGUCUCCUUUACCUCUUUGACACAGACCCUUCCCUGUAAAAAGGAAGAAGAAGACUCACUUACCCCACACAUUAAAGAGGAAGAGGAGGAACACAGCAUCAGUCAGAAGGGAGAGCAAAUUGAAGGACUGAUGGAGUUUCCAGUGAUUGGUGUCCCUGUGAAGAGUGAAGAUGAUGAGGUCAAAGGUGAAAGUGAGGAGAAGAAAGAGGCGGAGCCUCCAAGCAGCAGCUCAACACAACACAUGACAACAGAAGCUGAUGGAGACCACUGUGGAGGAUCACAAGCAGACAAGCUCUUAGCUCCACUAUCAGAUAGUGAGGACACAACGUCACACUCUCCUGACACUGAUGAUGAAGACUCUAAAGAUGAUAAGACAUGUCACACUGACAACACUCACUUGAAAUGUUCUCACUGUGACAAAACCUUCAAAUACAAUUGUUUUCUGAAAAGACACAUGAGAAUACACACUGGAGAAAAACCUUUUAUCUGUUCAAUCUGUAGUAAAGGUUUUGUAGAAAGUCGCAAAUUGAAAGUGCACAUGAGAACACACACUGGUGAAAAACCUUUCAUCUGUUCAAUCUGUGGUAAAGGUUUUGUACAAAGUCACAAUUUGAAAGUACACAUGAGAAUACACACUGGUGAAAAACCUUUUUCUUGUCUAAUCUGUGGUAAAGGUUUUGCACAAAGUUCAUGUUUGGAAAAACACAGAAGAAUACACACUGGUGAAAAACCUUUUUCCUGUUCAAUCUGUGGUAAAGGUUUUACACAAAAUCAGUGUUUGAAAAGACACACGAGAACACACACUGGUGAAAAAUCACAUUCCUGCUCAAUCUGCAACAGAGGCUUUUGUGACCGAUCAAACCUUGUAGCACACAGGAGAAAACACACAGGAGAGAAAGUGUAGAGUUGCAGUGUGUGUGGUGAAAGAUUCUCUUAUCCUCAUGGAGACUCCCCACAACAACAAUGGCCUCGCCGGCUACGACGAGCCACUACAGGUACAACACCAACGACGACACGAACAAUGGCGCAACAGACAAUAAUGGAGUAAUUUCUUCGGCGGCGGCCAACCACGCAACCGCUGGAAAAGAAACAUUGUUGUCACAAGACAUGGAAAACAUUUUCUCUGCCAGAGGACUGCAUAUAAUCCACUGUCCACAUGAAUGUUAGCAGUCUUCUCCGUAACAUUGACGAACUUAGACUGAUCUUUGGAAAUGGUAAGGUGGAAAUUCUGUCCUUUUCUGAGAACAGACUUGAUAGUUCUAUUGAGGACUCUGAUAUAGAAAUAGUCUAUUACACGGUAGUCAGAAGGGACAGAAAUCGACGUGGGGGAGGGGUUCGUACAUAUGUAAGAUCUGGUAUCUGUUUUAAUGUACGGGUUGAUUUGGAGCAAAGUGAUAUAGAGGCAGUGUGGCUCGAUAUAAUUUGCCCCAAAACCAAACCACUGUUAAUUGGCUCCCUGUACAGACCCCCAACUCAAAACUCAUAUUAUGAACAGCUAGACAAGGGAUCAGCUGAUUUAGGCCAUUCUGAAGUGAUACUGAUCAGUGAUUUGAACACCAACAUCCUGAAAAAAGAUACUCCUAUCUACAAAUCCUUCAGUAAUUACUGUAAGCUACAUAGCCUGAAACAGCUGAUCACUCAAUUCACACGGGUGUGCCCUGCUGCUCAAACCGUCAUUGAUUUGAUUUUGACAUCAGACCGGACCAAGAUCUCCAGAAGCGGUGUAAUCGAGUGCGGAAUAAGUGAUCACUUCAUCAUUUUUCUGCACAUGUAAAAUUCAGAAAUCUGUAUCAGAUUGUCACAACACAAUAAGAUUCAGAUGGAUGAAAAAGUACACCAGCAAAGCUCUAACAGCAGCCCUGGAGAGACUGGACUGGUCAAAUGUACUAAAUUGCUCAUCGGUUGAAAAAGCAUAGGCAUGCUUCAAAUCCAACUUCCUGCAUGUAUCUGACCAGCUAGCACCCGUGAAAGCUUCCAGGGUAAAAUCCAGAACAGAAUCCUGGAUCAAUGCGGACAUAAUAGAAGCCAUGAAACUUAGAAAUGAUAAACACGCUAAGUUCACUAAAAACAGGACUGAACCGCUCCUUAAAGAAUACAUAAAGCUAAGAAACGAAGUAACUAAUAAGAUCAGGAAGGCCAAAUCCAGUUAAUUUAACGAAAAAAUAGCGGAAAAUAAAAAUAACCCGCAAAAACUCUGGAAGACGCUGAAACAAUUGGGCCAAAGCAGUCUCAAAACAAUAACCACCAAACAAUUGGGCCAAAGCAGUCUCAAAACAAUAACCACCAACCUAAUUAAAUCCAAUCCUCCUACAAACAAAACGCGUUAAGGAAAGUAAAAGUAAAUAUGGGAGACCAUUCGAAUAAGAUUAAAAUGAAAUAUAUAUAAAUAAAUAAUAAACUCGUGCUUAAAUGUGCUUAUUUAAAGGCCUACUGAAACCCACUACUACCGACCACGCAGUCUGAUAGUUUAUAUAUCAAUGAUGAAAUCUUAACAUUGCAACACAUGCCAAAACGGGUUAACUUAUAAAGUGCAAUUUUAAAUUUCCCGCGAAACUUCCGGUUGAAAACGUCUAUGUAUGAUGACGUAUGCGCGUGACGUGAAUGGUUGAAACGGAAGUAUUCGGACACCAUUGUAUCCAAUACAAAAAGCUCUGUUUUCAUCGCAAAAUUCCACAGUAUUCUGGACAUCUGUGUUGGUGAAUCUUUUGCAAUUUGUUUAAUGAACAAUGAGGACUUCAAAGAAGAAAGCUGUAGGUGGGAUCGGUGUAUUAGCGGCUGGCUGCAGUAACACAACCAGGAGGACUUUGACUUGGAUAGCAGACGCGCUAUCCGACACUAGUAGCCGACCGCAUCGAUGAUCGGGUGAAGUCCUUCGUCGAUCGCUGGAACGCAGGUGAGCACGGGUGUUGAUGAGCAGAUGAGGGCUGGCUGGCGUAGGUGGAUAGCUAAUGUUUUUAGCAUAGCUCUGUGAGGUCCCGUAGCUAAGUUAGCUUCAAUGGCGUCGU